AGAAUCCACUGCCGGAGCCGGAGGCAAAGGCGGCAAGGACGACGAGCCGAAAAGUGAGGCCGAACGUCGACAAUCGCUGUUCCCGGGCAAGAAAGUCGAAAAAUGGGAGGUCCCGCUGCCCGAUAAGACUGUCCAGCAACAGGUUCUUUCAUUGGAAAAAUGCUUGAAAAAUCAAAAAUAAAAUAAUUUCGUAGGUCGACAAGUUCUGCGAGUGGAAAUGUACCUAUUCGCGGCCCAACGCCAAGAUUCGAUGGUACAAAGAUCGAAAGGAGAUCUUCUCUGGAGGUGAAUACUCAGGAUCGACAGAGUGGUCCCUAGAGGGGUCGGGGAUAAACAGCUUUUCUAGGGGACAGAAUAGGGAUCCCUAGAGAUGUGAAGUUCAUAUAGACCCUAUAGGGAUUUAGGAUCUCAUCCCUGAGCCCCUGAAGCUUGAGUAGUCCCUAGAGGGGCUACGGAAAAAAGCAGCUUCUCUAAGGGACAAAAUAGUGAUCCCUAGAGGGGUUUUAAAAGUUCAUGUGGUACAUAUAGAGGUUUAGCGUCUGAGCCCCAGGCCCCUAAAGCUUGAGUGGUCCCUAGAGGGGUUAGGGAAAAACAGCUUUUCUAGGGCACAAAUUAGUGAUCCCUAGAGGGGUGAAUGUUAAAGAAUCCGUAUAGGAGUUCUAUGUCUGGCCCCUGAGGCUCAAAGAUUUAGUGGACCCUAUAGGGACAGUAAGGUAUACUGUAGAGGGUAACCUUCAAGGGUUAUCAAAAACCAAAAAAAAGUUUCGAUAGAAAAAAGUUUUCGAAUUUCUUCUUUUCGGAACAUUUUAUGAUCAGCGAAAUUUAGUGCAAAACUAUGCGAAUUUUUUGCUAAAAUAUGAGAAAGUCUGAUUUUUCUCCACCCUCUAGAGUUCCCGUGUUAUUUUCACGUGUCUAGAACCCCUAGGGUGAGAGAAAAGAGAGCGCAGACAGGUCAGACUUUUUCGAAUCGUUAACUAUUUUGAUCCAGCGGAAAGAUUUACUAUCUAGCAAAAUUCAACUUUCAGGUCUGAAAUACAAGAUCGUCAUCGAGAAGAACGUCUGUACCUUGAUCAUCAACAACCCGGAGGUCGACGACACCGGCAAGUACACCUGCGAGGCGAACGGAGUCCCAACCCACGCCAUGCUCACCUGCCUCGGUCCGAUUCCCGGUUUCCUCGAUGGAAUAUAUCCGACUUUUGCAGAACCUCCGGUCAAGUACAGCUUCUUGAACCCUCUCCCCAACACCCAGGAGAUUUACCGAACCAAACAGGCCGUGCUCACCUGCAAGGUGAACGCGGCGAGGGCCCCUCUCGUCUGGUACCGCGGAAAUAAACCCAUUGAUCCGUGAGCGUCUCCUGGAGAAGGCUAGAAUUCAAGGAAGGUUUUCAGGAAUGACAAGCGGUACAUCAUCGAGAAAGACGCCGUGGGCCGAUGCACCUUGACGAUCAAAGAAGUCGAGGAGGACGACCAGGCCGAAUGGACCGCCCGAAUCACUCAGGACGUCUUCAGCAAGGUCCAGGUCUACGUCGAAGGUGAUAAUCAAAGAGUUUCAACUUUGAAUUUCCUGAAAAUCCGCCAGAAUACGUCUUGAUGCACCAAAAGAAGAUUCUGAAUACCUCUAAUCACUCAAUUUAUUUCAGAAUUUUUGAAACCUAACCUUCCACGACUUGAAGUUAUUCAUUUCCAGAACCUCGUCACACGUUCGUCGUGCCGAUGAAGUCGCAGAAGGUCAACGAAAAUGAGACGGCGACCCUGGAGACGGACGUCAACGACAAAGACGCCGACGUCGUCUGGUGGCACGACGGCAAACGGAUCGACAUCGAUGGAAAGAAGUUUGUCGACGAGGGGAAAAAUAGGAAAAAUGAAGGAAAACUCUAUAAAAUUAAAUAGAAUAGUCAGUCUAGUUACGACUAUGCAAAGCUCGCUACACAAAUUUUCGAAAAAGGGCAUUUUUUACCUUUGAAAAAUCAUAACUUGACCAUUUUUUCGAUUUUUUUGAUAAAACUCGAUUGAAGUGUACUCAAGGCCCCCUGGUUCCAGAAAAAAACAAAAUACUUUGCCACUUUUGCCUUUUAGUGAAGUUGGGACCCUUCUAAGCUCGUAAACCACAUAAAUUUUUGAAAAAGGGCAUUUUUUCACCUUUUAAAAGUCAUAUCUCGACCAUUUUUUCGAUUUUUUCGGAUAAACUCGGCUGAAGUGUACUUAAGGGCCCCCUGGUUCCAGAAGAAAGAAGAUAUUUCCCAAAUUUAGUCUUGUAGUAAAGUUAGGUCCCUUCAAACCUAGCAAACUAGACAGAUUUUUGAAAAAAUGACGUUUUUUUUAAGCCACACUCGACUUCUAAGUAGAAAUCGGGUAUUUUUAUUUUUCUUUUGUUUUGGAUUUGGAAGGCUUUAUAGUCCGGCAAAAUUUCUAGAAGUUAAUGCAGAAAGGACUUUUUUAAACACGCUUUGAAAAAAAAUCGGCCAAAAAAAUUUCCUUGUGAGGAAGAAUCGUCACAAGAACAUGCUCCUGAAAAAAUUUUUGGCUUGAAAAUUAACUUGUAAACGAAAAAACGAGUUCAGAUACGUGAUGGAAGUCUCGAAUCGCAAGCGGCGGUUGAUCAUCAGCAGCUCGAAAAUCGAAGAUCACGGAGAAUACAAAUGUACCACCAAGGAUGACAAGACCAUGGCUCAGCUCAUCGUUGAACGUUUGAAAAUCCCGAAAAAUGAAUGAAAAACGAGCUUUUUCAGCUCUGAACAAGUUCAUCGUCCCGCUGAAAGAUACGGACGUCGUGGAGAAGGAGGACACGACCCUGAUGUGCCAGACGAAAGACACGAAGACGCCCGGAGUCUGGUUCAGGAACGGAAAACAGAUCAGUUCCAUGCCCGGUAAGGAUUGAGAUAAAAAUUGAGGGAAAGACUGAUUUUUUAAAGGAUUUUUAGCUUUAAAAAGGGCUGUAAAAUUUAGAAACGGAUUUUUUCGAGAGAAAAAAAACCUAUAAAUCGUAUAUUAAAAAAAUUCCUACCAGUGAUCUAAGCGUUAGAGUAGCCAAAAAAAUCCUGUCCUAUAUUUAUUUAUUCGUUUCAUCUUUUUAAAUAAGUUUUUGGAUUAAAAAUUGAGAAAAAAACUGAUUUUUUUAGUCAUUUUGCAAUGAUUCUACGAGGGUUAUAAAAUUUAGAAACGGUCCAUUUUGAAUAAGAAAAACACAAGUCUCAAAUAAAAAAAUAUCAAGUUCCUGAAGCUUUCUAAUGAUUUUAUCAGGAUUAAAAAGUCUUUUUUUCAAGUUAAACCCAUAAACUAGUGAAACUGAAAAGUGACUUCAUUUUCCCAUUCAGGUGGCAAAUUCGAAACGCAAUCCCGCAACGGAACCCACACCCUGAAAAUCAGCAAGAUCGAGAUGAACGAGGCCGACGUCUACGAGAUCGACCAGGCCGGCCUCCGCGGCUCGGCCAACGUCGUCGUCCUGGAGGCCGAGAAACGGCCGGUGCUCAACUGGAAGAACAAGAAGAUCGAGGCGAAGGCCGGCGAGCCGUGCGUCGUCAAAGUCCCCUUCCAGAUCAAGGGAACCCGAAGGGGCGACCCCAAGGCGCAGAUCCUGAGAAACGGCAAGCCGUUGGAUGAGAAGAUGAAGGGCCUCGUCGAGGUCGUCAUCAAGGACGACGUCGCCGAAAUCGUCUUCAAGGAUCCGCAGGUGAGGAACAGCGUUGGCAAGGAGUACAGCUUGAAAGAAUAUAUCAAAAACAUGUCAAAAAUUCUAGGUGAUAAUGGUAGAAUAAGUGGAGAAAAAAGUCUAAAAAUGAUUUUUCAUGAUACUGUAGGUGAGGAACAGCGUUUUCAACGAGUACAGCUUAUUGCAAUUGAACAUAAAUUUGACAAAAAUGGUAGUUUAGGAUAGUAGAAUCAUGUUUUAAAAAACAUUAUCAAGAAAAUGAGUUCCAAUAACACGCAGUUGAUGAACAACAUUUUCAAGGAGUACAGCUUGUGAAAUUCCAACAGAAAAAAACGUAAAGAACAUAAUUUAUAAAAAAAGUUUUGAGGAUCUGCAGGUGAUGAACAGCGAUGUCAAGACGUGCAGGUAGAGUAGAGUUUGGGCAAUAAAAAUGUGAAAGUGGGCCGUUUUAGUGGGAAAUUUGAAGGAAAGGGAACAAAUGAAAAUUAUUCUUUUUUUUUCAAUCAUUUUCUUGAAUCUAUGUCCUCUGAGAGUGAUUUGAACAGUUAGAAAAGCGACAAGAAGCUCUGAAAAUAGACUUAUCUCGAGAUUUCUCAAACCUUCAAGCUUCAAAUUUUUUUUCUGAAUGUAUUCUUUCCUUCAGCUCGCCGACACCGGCAAGUGGGCCUUGGAGCUCGGAAACUCGGCCGGAACCGCCUUGGCGCCCUUCGAACUCUUCGUCAAGGACAAGCCGAAACCACCGAAGGGACCACUUGAGACGACGAACGUGACGGCGGAAGGCGCCGACCUCAUCUGGGGCACCCCGGAUCCUUCCGAAGGCGCUCCCGUGAAAGCCUACAUCGUCGAGGUCCAGGAGGGCCGAAGUGGCCAGUGGAAGAAGAUCGGCGAGACCAAGGGAACCGAGUUCAAGGUUUGGAGCUUUGAGGGGGUAGAAGACUUGGAAGUUUGGAUGUUUAGGUGAAAGAUCUGAAAGAACACGGAGAGUACAAGUUCCGAGUCAAAGCCGUCAACGAAUGUGGCGCUUCGGAUCCGUUGACCGGAGAGACGAUUCUCGCCAAGAAUCCUUACAGUUGGUUUUUCGGAACUUGUGAUUUGCGAUAGAGCAAAGUAGAAGCGAGAAAACAGCUGCCUGGGAAAAAAUGGGCAGAAGAAGCUCAAGGCAGGAUUUUAGGGAAGGAUCUGCAAGGCUGAAACGUUGAUUUUUGUCUUCUUUCCAACCUUUUUUUUUAAACUUCCGACAUUUUUCACAGAAAGCUUCAAGCACGGCUUCAAAAAACUUUUGUUGCAAGCUAAACCUUAUUUUCUUUUCCGGAAAUCAUGAUGAAAAUAUUCUAAGCACGGCUUCAUCAUUGCAAGCUCCAACUCCCCUUCCUACACUUUUUUUCAAUUUUCUUCCUCAAAACAGAACCUCCCGGCAAGCCGCGGAACAUGGAGGUUGUCGACGUCGACAAGGACCACUGCACCUUGUCCUGGGAACCGCCCGAGGACGACGGCAACAGCCCCCUGACUGGCUAUAUCGUCGAGCGACGCGAGAAGUCCGAGAAGGACUGGUACAGCCUCGGACAGACGCCGGCCAACGUGACGGAGAUGGUCGACGAGAAGGUCGUCGAGGGCAAGGAGUACUACUACCGGAUCAAGGCCGUCAACAAGGCCGGCCCGGGCGACCCCUGCGACCAUGGCAAGCCCGUCAUGAUCAAGGCCAAGAAAGGUGCUUGCUUUUCUGGUUUUUCCGAGUUGCUGGAUAGGUACAAAACUGUGUAGUUUUUAAAAUCCAAAUUUUUAAAGAAAAUAGGAUUUGUAUCUAUCCAGUUACCACCUUUUCAGCCCUGUUUUUUUCUUUUUUUUUACAUUUUUGAGUGACUUUUUUCUUUUCUUAUAUUAGUGGGAUAUUUGGUACUUUUUGAUUUUUGAUAGGAUUUUUAGUAGAAUUUAGUUUUGAUGAGUCUUUUUCGAUUGGAACUUUUUAGGGUUUUAAUUUUUUUUUUUGAAAGGUUUUUCGAGUCUAGAAAGUUUUCGUUAAGCUUUAAAAAUUGCUUUCAAAGUUCUGAUUUUUUUCUAGAGCUUGUAGUUUUUUUUGGUUUCAGAUAGAAAAUAAUGUUCUUCUCUCGUUUUACCACCUGAAAUCCAGAAUUUUUUCAUCAAGCUUUAAAAAUUUAUUGCCGAGGACAAAAUUCUCUAGAACUUGUAUUUUUUUGAAAGUUCAAAUAAAAAGAUAGAUUUUUUUCCUGGAUUUCAGAACGAAUGAACCUUUCUUAAACGAUUAUUAGCUGUAACUGAACAAUGUCCUCGUUGUUUUGAUUUUUUUCAUUAGUUUGAGAUUUCUUUGUCUACAGUUCAAGUUCAGCUACAAGCCUAAUGGUGCUUAAAAAAAUUUCUCCCCUUUUCUAGCCGCCCCCGAAUUCACCGGCGGCGGCAUCAAGGACCUCCGUCUGAAGGUCGGCGAGACCAUCAAGUACGAGGUUCCGAUUUCCGGUGAACCUCUUCCUGAGGUCUCCUGGACCGUCGAUGGCAAGCCUUUGAAGCCGGUCGGUCGCGUCAAAAUGAGCACCGAACGCGGUAAACACGUCCUGAAGGUUCUGAAGGAGUUCAGAAGACCUCAAUCUUUUAAUUGAAUAAUACAGAUCGAAAACGCGGUCCGUGGCGAUUCCGGUCAGUUCACGAUCACCUUGAAGAACACCUCCGGAACUGUCGAUUCGACGGCCAAAGUGACGGUCGUCGGAAGGCCGACACCACCCAAGGGACCACUUGAAGUCGAGGAUGUCUGCGCCGAUGGAGCCACGCUUUCCUGGAACCCGCCUGAGGUAUCGUUUCAGAUGGAAAAGUGCUCUUUUGAGGCGGAAGGAUGGAAAAUUCUUGGAUUUUGAGAGACUUAAAGGACUUUCGAAUGAAUUUUCAGGCUGAUGAAAAGUUUGACAAGAACUGAAAAUGAUCUUUUCUAGAAACUCGGGUCCUUUCUCUCGAUAACCUUCAAUUUUCAAACUUCAGGACGAUGGUGGAGACCCGCUGACGGGCUACAUCGUCGAAGCUCAGGAUAUGGACAAUAAGGGCAAAUUCAUCGAAGUCGGCAAAGUUGACCCGAACACGACCAAUCUCAAAGUCACCGGCUUGAGAAACAAGGGCAACUACAAGUUCAGGUACAGUUUUACCCCUAAGAAAAGGAAAAAUGACGAUUUCUCAGAGUAAAAGCUGUGAACAACGAAGGAGAGUCCGAGCCUCUAUCUGCCGAUCAAUACACGACCAUUAAAGAUCCGUGGGAUGAGCCCGGAAAGCCGGGACGACCGGAAAUCACUGAUUACGACGCUGAUCGGUGAGAUAUGUGUCCUCUUAAGGGACCACUUGAAUGUGGCCUCUUAAGUGACCCCUGUAGAAUCUUUUUUUGUUUGAAUUUCAUUCGCUUCUUGUAGAUGUUGCAGAGAGGUUAGGGAUCCCUUAAGUGAUCACUCAGACGCACAUUUUGAUGCAGGAACGCUAGAGUGCCCACUUUAGGCUUCUUUGAACCAUUCGCUUCAAAUCAAGCUAACCCCUAAGUGGCCACUCAGUCGCACCGAAAAACACUAGAGUGACCACUUUAGGCUCCUUUGAACCAUUCGCUUGAGAUCAAGCUAACCCUUAGGUGGUCACUCAUUAGCAUUGAAAAACGCUAGAGGGACCACUUUAGGCUUGUUUGAACCAUUCGCUUCAAAUCAAGCUAACCCUUAAGUGGCCACUCAGUCGUACCGAAAAACGCUAGAGGGACCACUUUAGGCUUGUUUGAACCAUUCGCUUCAAAUCAAGCUAACCCUUAAGUGGCCACUCAGUCGUACCGAAAAACGCCAGAGUGCCCACUUUGGGCGUCUUUGAACCCUUCGCUUAAGAUCAAGCUAACCCUUAAGUGGCCACUCAGUCGUACCGAAAAACACUAGAGUGAGCACUUAAGGCGCCUUUGAACCAUUCGCUUGAGAUCAAGCUAACCCCUAGGUGGUCACCUCAUUAGCAUUGAAAAACGCUAGAGUGACCACUUUAGGCUUCUUUGAACCCUUCGCUUGAGAUCAAGCUAACCCUUAAGUGUUCACUCGGACGCUUUUUCGAAUACUUUCGCUAGAGGGCUCACUUUAAUGAGAGAUAGUAAGGAAAACUUUAAGAUUUCUAAGAGGAUCACUUGAAACUCAACUCUUAACUGGUCACUCAGGCGCUCUUUUAAAUUCAUUUUGAUGAAAAAACACUUGCUUUUACUAGUCAGUUCUAACCAAUCAGGAGAGCUUGAUAACCACUCCAGGAGCUACUUGAAAAAAAGAGGAAAUUCAAAAGGUCUUCAGAAUCGACAUCGCCUGGGAUCCGCCAAUGAAAGAUGGAGGUGCGCCGAUCGAGGAGUACAUCAUCGAGGUCCGCGAUCCCGACACCAAGGAAUGGAAGGAAGUCAUGAGGUCGCCGGACACGAACGCCUCGGUCACCGGCCUCAAGGAAGGAAAGGAGUACCAAUUCCGAGUCAAGGCCGUCAACAAAGCCGGACCCGGAAAGCCCUCGGAACCUUCCGAGAAACAGCUCGCCAAGCCGAAAUUCAGUCAGUUGAAAUACAAUAUUUGAAACCUUAAGAACGCCAGAGUGGUCCCUAGAGUGGCGACCUUUGGGGCACUUGAAAGUUUCUCCCAAAUCACCUGCCCCUGAAAGGGUCACUUUUGUUGAACAAUUCCAGAAGAACCCUAUAAGGACCACUUGAGAGACACGCUCUAAACCCCUAUAGGGACCACCUGAAUUUCACCUCCUAGGGAGCACUACUUUGUCCCCUAUAUGGACACCCUUUAGUGAUCACUCUGGUCUUCUCAAGUUGAAAAUUGAAAAGAAAAAAAGAAAAAAUCCAUUUUUUUUUUCAGUCCCGGCUUGGUUAAAGCACGACAAUCUGAAGAGCAUGACCGUCAAGGCUGGCGCCACGGUCCGAUGGGAAGUCAAAAUCGGCGGAGAGCCAGUCCCAGAAGUGAAAUGGUUCAAAGGCGACAAGGUCCUGGAGAACGGCGUGCAGUUGACCAUCGACACCAAGAAGAACGAGCACACGAUCCUGUGCAUCCCUUCUGCAACUCGCGCCGACGUCGCCGAGUACAAGUGAGUUUUGAGGCGUUAUACGAUACUUUUUCAAACACGAAAUUGAACUUUCAGGCUCACCGUCAAGAACUCUCACGGAGCUGAUCAAGAAGUCGCCAACCUGACCGUCUUGGACAAGCCAACCAAGCCAAACGGCCCAUUGGAAGUGUCCGACGUCUUCGAAGACAACCUGAACUUGUCCUGGAAGCCGCCAGAUGAUGAUGGAGGCGAACCGAUUGAAUACUAUGAAGUGGAGAAGCUCGACACGGCCACUGGUCGCUGGGUUCCCUGUGCCAAAGUCAAGGACACCAAGGCCCACAUCGACGGGCUCAAAAAGGGCCAGACCUACCAGUUCCGCGUCAAGGCCGUCAACAAGGAAGGCGCCUCGGAUGCCUUGACCACCGACAAGGACAUCAAGGCCAAGAAUCCUUAUGGUGAGGGUCUUUAUUUAUUUCUUUAUUGUCAGAACAACGCAAAUAAUUAAGAUACAGAUAGAAAGGAAAUAAUAUAACAUUGGACAGACAACAAAGCUAAGAAGGUCAUAUGGUGCCCUAACGAGCAGCAUGGCGACCGUUCGCAAAAAGAGAAGAACAAAAAGAUAAACUAUAAAAAGACGAUUGGGGAUGUUGAUAAUAAGUUCGCUAACAGCUAUCCUAGAUAAUUUAUCUUUUUAAAGUUUUUGGGGUGGCACGAAAAAAAUUUAAUUUGGUUAUUAAUAUGUUCCAAAGAGUUAUAUGACGCGAAAAAGAAGUUAUCUGAUAAUGAACCUCUAGUUUGUAACCGAAGUGGAUGUCUACCUAGCCGAGAGAAGGAAAUAAAGUUGUCAAUUGAUGGAAAAAUGAUCAAUUUUUUUAAAAACAAUUUUAUGGAGAGAAAAAUAUCAAGAAGAAGACGACGUUGAAAAAAAGCGGAAGAACAUUGACUUGAGUUAAUCUGUCUUGGUAUGAAGUGAAGCUAAGAUUGCAUCUAAUAAAAACUUCUCGAGAGAAGAAACGUAAGGAACUUUCUAGUUUAUAAGAUAGAUCAGAGUUUAGAGGAGGGUUGAAAACCUCAGAACAGUAUUCUAAAAUUGGUCUUUUGGAGGAUUUUCAGAGGGUUUUUGUGAAAUUUUGUUCUUGAAAAAAACGACUUUUCUGAAUGCCUUACAGAGAUUCUGCGUCUUUGAUUUGAAAUUAGAUUUGAAAUUAAUUUUUUUCAAGAUUUUUCAGAUUCCUUUUUUGACAAGUUUCCCCCUCCCCUUUUUGGUGUGGAGUCGUGAGAAAAAUCAAAAAUAAAUUUAAAUUCUGGCAAUUUUUAUUCAUAUCAUCUUUUCAAACUUUCGAAGUUUUGAACUUCAACUUUUAUUUUUAUGACCCUUUUUAGCAAAUUAUAAGCAGACUUGUCAAUUGGAAGCUUGCCAAAUUUUAAAAACCCUAACAACAUUUUAAUGCCAAAAAGUGUAAGCUAGAGAUCAAUGGCGGCUUGAAGAGAAGCCAGAGAAACAGAGAUUCUCCUACUUCUCUGGUGUCUCUUCGCAAAAGCGAUGUAUUUCCUUCUUUUUUAGUUUGAGACUCUUUAUCGACCACUCUGACAAGUAAGCAGCAUUUGAAAAACCGACUUUUAUGAGAAUCUGUCAGCUUUCAGACUCCGUCAUUCAAGAAUUAUUUUUUUCAGACGAACCUGGAAAGCCAGGAACCCCAGACGUCGUCGACUGGGACGCCGACCGCGUCUCCCUCGAAUGGACGCCGCCAGAAUCCGACGGAGGCGCCCCCAUCAGCCAGUACAUCAUCGAGAAGAAGGGCAAGCACGGCCGCGACUGGCAAGAGUGCGGAAAAGUCUCCGGAGACCAAACUUCGGCCGACAUCCUCGGCUUGAAGGAGGGCGAGGAGUACCAGUUCCGCAUCAAGGUGCUGAGAGAUCCCAUUUUCAGCUUCUUAUUGGAUUAUUUAGGCCGUCAACAAGGCUGGACCCGGAGAAGCUUCCGAUCCAAGCCGCAAGGUCGUCGCCAAGCCCAGAAAUUGUGAGUUAUAGGAGAUGGAAGUGGUCCUUAGAAUUUCACUAAAAAGACCACUUGACAGAAGUUCCAACACUCAAGUGGUCACUUCAGACUUUCUCAGUACCCAAGAAGCACAUAAAUUGUUGAUUUCUAGCUAUAGGUAGUGGGAAAUUAGGCAUUAGAAAUUCCCUAAACUGACCACUUGACAAAAAUUCCAACACUCAAGUGGCCACUUCAGUCUUUCACAGUACCCAAGAAGCUCAUAAAUUGUUGAUUUCUAGCUAUAUGUGGUGGGAAAUUAGGCAUUAGAAGUUCACUAAAAAGACCACUCUACGAAAAAUUCCAACACUAAAGUGGUCCAUGUAGACUUUCUCAGCACUCCAGGAGCCCAUGAAUUGUAAGAUUAUCUAGAGUGAGUACAACAGUAAGCCAUAGAACUCCCCUAUAAAGACCGCUUGACAGUUCCAACACUCAAGUGGCGACUUCGAACUUACUGCAGUCUCAGUGAAAAUGCUGAAUCUUUAAGUGAAACCCUUGAUCGACCGUGAACACAUGAAGACGUUGACGAUCAAGGUCGGCAACGACGUCGACUUUGACGUUCCCGUCCGCGGAGAGCCGCCACCGAAGAAGGAGUGGAGCAUCAACGGAAAGCCCAUCGGAGAUGAUCCGAAAAUCCGGGUUCGUCCAAGGAAAUUCGGAAGACCUAGACAGUUUCGAAUUGUUGCAGAUCCAAGACGAGGACUACAAGACCCACCUGGUCAUCCGUGGAGCGACCAGGAAACACGCCGGAACCUAUCAGCUCGUCGCCACGAACGCUUCCGGAACUGACAAGCAUUCCGUGGAAGUCAUCAUUCUGGGCAAGCCGUCGAGCCCUGUCGGACCUUUGGACGUGACCAACGUGUUCGAGGAUCGAGCUGACUUGGAAUGGAAGGUACUGAGAAAAAUGGCAAUUUUUAGCAAGGAAUUUGAGCUUUGAACUGGAAAAAUAUUAGCUUGUAGUAGUUCAUUCACCAUUAACAGAAGAUCGCCUUGAAGUUUAGAUCUCAAAAAAAUUCCUGAAAUAAUUUUUCUAGACGAGAUAGAGCCGUAUAGCUGGAAAAAUUCAUGGAAAUUCUCAAUUUUUUGGUCAUAGUUCAAUCACUGCUGACGUGACGUCGUUUUUACAAAAUCUUCGAAAAAACCUAACGAGAGCUUUUGCGCUCCAUGGCGAAUUAGAAAAAAAAAAGACAUUCUCGGACCUCGGUAAAGCAAACGCCUCUCAAGGGGCUACUUUAAAUGCUUAGAAACGUCAGGGACGGCGUCAGAACCCUUAAGUGGUCCCUAGAAUCGCUCAGAAACGACCAGGGAGCGUUCGGUUUGCGCUACCAAGGUCGGGGUUCAAGCUGAAAAAAUAAAAUCAUGAUUUGAUCCGAAAUCGAAAGUUGUAAAACUUCUGAAUAAACCCUAAACUCAACUUUUCCAGGUCCCCGAAGACGACGGCGGCAUGCCGAUUGACCACUACGAGAUCGAGAAAAUGGACAUGGCGACUGGUCGUUGGGUUCCCUGCGGAAGAAGCGAGGGAACCAAGGCUACCGUUCAGAACCUUCAACCUGGACAUGAAUACAAGGUUCUUCUGGGGCUCCAGCUCAUUUUUUUCGAUCUUAGGAACUGCAGAGUGAUCCCUAUAAGGGCAACCUUAGGGGUCCCUAGAGGGUCCUGUUUGACCAUCUCCAAUCUACAUCUUUCAGUUCCGAGUCCGCGCCGUCAACAAAGAAGGCGAGUCUGAACCACUCGUCGCCGACGCGGCCAUCCUCGCCAAGAACCCCUACGAAGUGCCCGGAAAAGUCGAAAAGCCGACCCUCACCGACUGGGACAAGGACCACGUCGACCUGGAAUGGAAGCCACCGGCUAGCGACGGCGGCGCUCCGAUCGAAGGCUACGUCAUCGAGAAGAAGGACAAGCACGGCCGCUGGGAGGAGGCCAUGACCGUGCCCGCGGGACAGACCAACGCCUCGGUUGGAAACUUGAAGGCCGGAGAGGAGUACCAGUUCCGCAUCAUGGCCAAGAACAAGGCCGGUCUUGGAGAGGCGUCCGAUCCGUCGGAUCGUGUCAUCACCAAGCCAAGAUUCUGUAAGCGUUUCGAGGCGCUUCCCGAAAUCGAGUCUUCUAGAUUUUCUUGACGUUUUGAUAAGAUCUUGAUUAAGGGAAAAGCUUUCCGAGUUCAGCUAGAUCAUCCAGGCUUUUCAAAAAGUUUCUUAAGAUCAGGAUUUUUCUGUAGUUCAGACGAGUUCUCGAAGAUAAUUAGGCCAAGUUGGGACUGUUAAACUUGAACUUGAACUUAGAACUUGGGACUUGAAAGAUUUCCAAAACGAAGACUUUGAGAUUCUGUAGACGUUUUGACAAGUUUUUAAAAUAUCAGAAUCUUAUAGGAGCGGAAAGUUUAGUUCAGUUAAAAAGCAUUCCAGAAUUUAAACUUCUAACUUCUUUUGGCAAAAUUUCGGUCGAAAGUUUGGUUUUCUGGAGAGAAUUUGGUACCUGGAACCUUUUUAGAACUGAAAUUUUGACUUUCAAAAUUAGCUCGGAAGUUGAAAUUUUAAAAAGUCUGUGCCAUAAAAUUCCAAGUUUAUGGGAAUUUUUCAGUGGCCCCGUAUAUCCACCGAGAAGAUCUCGACGACACUGUCAUCAAGGUCGGGGAAACCCUGAAAUUUGUCGUCCACAUCGACGGAGAACCGGCCCCCGACGUCACCUGGUCCUUCAAGGACAAGGGAAUUGGCGAGAGCAAGGCUCAGAUCGAGGACGAGGACUACAUCUCGAGAUUCUCCCUGAUCAAGGCCACCAGGAAACAGAGCGGAAAAGUAUACGAUCACUGCCACGAACAGCAGUGGAAGUGAUACUGUAUCGAUUGAGAUCAAGGUAAGGGGGUGAUUGGAAAAUAUGGAUUCUUCUAAGGAGUCUAAGUACAGUAGAUGCAUUUUUGGACGCUGAAUCCGAAUCUUCGCUUGAAAAUAUCGAAAAAAGGUCUGGGGAAAAGUUAUGAGUCUUCAAAAAUGAAGAAGUAUAAGCUUGCUGGAGGCCUCAAACAUGUGGGCAAUUUCGCAGCUCGGCUCAAAAAACAGAAAAAUCGAUUUUUCGUGAUCAGUCAGCUUCAUCUAUUAACAAAAUGAGCUUAAUCGGAGGAUAAUGUCCGUUUUUUACGCUUCUGAGGCAUUUUUCCUAGUUUAAAAGCAUUUUCCGAGGUUUUUGAGCACAGAUUCGGAAUCGGGACGAAAAACUGAGUCUAAUAACUCUGGCCUUAUUGAAAAAAUCACCGGGAUUGAUUUUUAGUGAGCUCUGAAAGUUUGCUCAGUGGUACAAGUUCUUUUUUUUUCGAGGCAGACUAGAAAAUCUCGAAAAGCUUUUCUAGGAUGAUGAACCCUCGGUUUCAGGUCAAGAGCAAGCCGACGAAGCCGAAGGGGCCUCUGGAAGUGACGGACGUCUUCGAAGACAAGGCGACCCUCGACUGGAAGCCGCCCGAGGACGACGGUGGCGAACCCAUCGAAUACUAUGAGAUCGAGAAGAUGAACACCAAGGACGGCAUCUGGGUGCCCUGCGGUCGCAGUGGAGACACUCACUUCACCGUCGACACCUUGAACAAGGGCGAUCACUACAAGUUCCGCGUCAAGGUGAUUUAAGGUCCCAGUAUCGUUGGGGGUGAAAAAAAUCGGGCUUAAUUUUUUCCUCAUCCACUUCAGUUUUGAUGUACUAUCUUUUAUCUUUCGGAUUUUCAAUGACUUUUUCUUUCUGAAUGAAGUUAUCAAUAUAAGUUUUGAAAAAGGUGAUUUUCAUCCACAAGGAGGUGAUCAAUCAAUCAAUCAAUAUUUAUUGGUUGUUUUAGUCCGAUGGAAUCGACUAGGCGGUGAAAAACUCUUUUGAGCGGCACUAACACCGCCUCUGGCGAAAAAGAAGUCAAAACGUGUAGUUGAUUGAAUUGAAAGCAUCUCGCAUGCUGAGCAGGGUAACCCCGCCGUGCUAACACGGGGUCUCAGCGGGUGCCCCCGUAUUAAACCCGUAUAAGCCCAGCUGAUAGAACUUUUGGCACUUUUUAGCCCAACUGAGACCCCGCUUUAGCCCAGCUGGGUUACCUAUUUUUCUUACACCCGUUGUUCCCCCGUUUUAGCCCAACUGAGACUAAAAUAACCUCAGAAACACGGGUUUAAUACGGGUACACCCGUUGAGACACCUGCUCAGCAUGCGAGCAUGAUUCUAAUAAAAAGUUCAGAUCUCUGGGAAAAGUGGUCAAAUCCCUCUUUAAAAAAUUUGAUUCUGAAAAACUUGUACAAAUUCGUAUUUUCCGGAAAGCUUGAAAUUUGAGGCUCAAAAUUGCUGAAAAUACAAUUUUAGCGUCUUGACGACGUUUAGAAUAGCGGAAAUUUUUUUCGAAACAGAAAUUUUUUGAACGCUAGAUGCACUGAGAGAUAAUUAUCGAGGACCUGUCAUUUUUGAGAAAAAAAAUUUUGAUCUUUUUGAUGACCCCAAAUGAAUCUUAUAGUAUUAGCCGAUAAAUAUUCUUUUUUUUUACGGAAAAGCCUGCAGGACGGAACUCAAAUUGUCCAGUUUGAGAUCCUCAGAACUUUUUUCUAGCAUUUUGAGGAGUCAUUCGGCAAAUUUUCAGGAGCUUGUGUGGUUUUGAACAAAUUUGUCACUUUAUUAAGGCCUAAACUACCUUAACUUUCUUACAGGCCGUCAACACCGAAGGCGCCUCGGAGCCCCUGGAAACGGAGACCGACAUCCUGGCCAAGAAUCCGUUCGACCGACCGGAUCGGCCCGGAAGACCUGAGCCGACUGACUGGGAUUCCGAUCACGUCGACUUGAAAUGGGAUCCGCCGAUUUCCGAUGGUGGUGCGCCGAUCGAGGAGUACCAGAUCGAGAAGAGGACCAAAUAUGGAAGGUGAGGGAGAUCUGAAAUUCCGGGUCAUAAAUUUUCAUCUCGGACUUGUUAACGAGCUUCACUUUCAUGUACCACAAAUUGGCUUCAGAAAAAUUCAUUUUAUAGCCUUCCAAAAUAAAGUAGACUUUAGCCAAGCUAGAUGGAUAGUUAUAUCAAAGUUUACUGUAAAAUUCUUUAAACUCUCUUUUUUUGACUGUUCAGUCCAUAUUACUGAAACUUAUGAGAUUCAAGAGGUCACUAGAGGGUUCAUGUAUUAUUCAUUACUUAAAGCUAACCAACAAUCUUGGAAUAAGCUUCCUUGGUAACCUUGAUAUUGUUCAAAAAUUCAGAUGGGAGCCAGCAAUCACGGUACCCGGUGGUCAGACCACCGCCACCGUCCCCGACCUCACUCCCAACGAGGAAUACGAGUUCCGAGUGGUUGCCGUCAACAAAGGCGGAGCUUCGGACCCGUCCGACGCCAGCAAACCCGUCAUCGCCAAGCCUAGAAACUGUAGGAGCAUCAUCAAAAAACCCUAAAAGAAAAUUCAACUUUAGUGCCACCCAAGAUUGAUCGUGAUGCGCUGAAGAACAUCCGCGUCAAGGCUGGUCAGUCGAUCGCCUUCGAUGUUCCCGUCUCCGGAGAGCCGGUCCCGACGGUCACCUGGCUGUGGCCCGACAACCGCGAGAUCCGCAACGGAGGACGUGUGAAGCUGGAGAACCCAGACUAUCAGACGAAGCUCCAUGUGAGGCAAAUGGAACGAGGCGACAGCGGAAACUACACGAUCAAAGCCGUCAAUGCCAAUGGAGAGGACACGGCGACGGUCAAGAUCAAUGUCAUUGGUGAGGAAUCAACUAUGAAAGUUCAUGGUUUCUAGAAGGAAAACUAUUAAAAAGGUACAAUAAAUAUCGUAUUUUGGUACAGUAGCGAAGAAAAAAUUAUGUUUUUUGCUUUCAUUUUGAAAUUGACGGUAGGGAAUUUCCUUAAACGUGGUCAAAAAACUUCUUGAUGUACCAGAAAAAAUUCCUGGAAGUCUCAGUCUGAACAACUUUAUAGUGUUGGAGAAAUUAGGCACCGAAACGGAUUUUGAAGUCUUCUCUUUCAAAAACUAGAAGCUUUUGAAGGUUGAAAUCUGCUGGAUAUACUUCUACUACAUCAAGGAGGGUUCUGCGAAGUGUUUAGCAAAGUGAAAAACCUUCCUUGUAGGAAGAAAUGAAGUUUGAAAUUAUUAAGCUUCACAGAAAAUUUCAUCUGAACCAGAAGAAAAAGCCAGUGCAAAAGCAAGAAAAAUCAUCUAGACAAGCCGACGUGUCCAAACGGCCCCUUGGACGUGAAGGACGUCUUCGCCGACCACUGCACCUUGGAUUGGCGCGCCCCCGACGACGACGGCGGAAUCCCUAUCGACAACUACGUCAUCGAGAAGUUCGACACGGCGACUGGCCGUUGGGUCCCGGCGGCGAAAGUCGCCGGAGACAAGACUUCGGCCGUCGUCGAGGGACUUAUUCCGGGACACGAGUACAAGGUAAACCCCUUCGUCAAGCUUUGAAAUCUUCAAAAUUGAUCCAAUUUUCUCGCUUAUUCCAGUUCCGUGUCGCCGCCGUCAACGCCGAAGGCGAAUCCGAACCAUUGGAGUCAUUCGGCACCACUUUGGCCAAGGAUCCCUUCGAGAAGCCGGGCAAGACCAGCGCCCCAGAUAUCACCGAUUGGGACAAAGAUCACGUCGAUCUCGAAUGGAAGCCCCCGGCCAAUGAUGGCGGAGCUCCAGUUGAAGAAUACGUCGUCGAGAUGAAGGACGAAUUUUCGCCCUUCUGGAACGAAGUCGCACAUGUAUGUACAAAUCCCGAAAUUCUUCUCUAUUCAACUUUUCUAGGUACCGGCUGGAACCACCAACGCUACCGUUGGAAACCUCAAGGAGGGAAGCAAGUACGAGUUCCGAAUCCGCGCCAAAAAUCGCGCCGGACUCGGAGAUCCGUCCGAUUCGGCUUCGGCUGUCGCCAAGGCUCGAAAUGGUGAUUUUCAAGAUUUUCAGAGUUUGGAACGAAUUUUUUCUUCAGUUCCGCCAGUCAUCGACCGCAGUGCGAUCCAGGAGAUCAAGGUCAAGGCCGGACAAGACUUCCAACUGAACAUUCCCGUUUCCGGAGAACCACCACCGGAGAUCACCUGGACCUUUGAAGGUCAACCGCUGGAGUCGGAUGAUCGGAUGAAGAUUGCUAAUGAGGAUUAUAAGGUAAAGAAUAAAAAAGAAGCCCGAGAAUGGUUUGAUUCCAGACCAAGUUCAUCGUGAAGCGAGCUCUUCGCGGCGAUACCGGCACUUACGUCAUCAAAGCGCAAAAUGUCAACGGAACCGACACGGCCGAGGUGAAAGUCACCGUGUUGGAUCAUCCCGGAACCCCUGGAGGUCCUCUGGGAGUUUCCAACGUCACCAAGGAGGGCUGCGACUUGGCCUGGAAGGCGCCGGAAGACGAUGGAGGUACGUUUGAAAGAAAAAGUUUCAUGCUCAAUUUUUGGUAUGAAGCUCAAUCUGUCUGCAGAGGAGUAUUGGUGACUUUUUUUCAGGAGCUGAGAUCAGCCACUACGUCGUCGAGAAGCAAGACGCUCACACUGGCCGCUGGACGACUUGUGGUGAAGCCAAAGACACGAACUUCCACGUCGACGACCUCAGCCCCGGCCACGAGUACAAGUUCCGCGUCAAGGCCGUCAAUCGCUACGGCGAUUCUGAUCCUCUUGAAGCCCGCGAGGCUAUCAUCGCCAAAGAUCCUUUCGACCGCGCCGACAAGCCCGGCACGCCGGAGAUCGUCGACUGGGACAAGGACCACGCCGACCUCAAAUGGACCCCGCCGGCCGACGAUGGAGGCGCUCCGAUCGAAGGAUACCUCGUCGAGAUGAAGGCCGCCAACGGUGACUGGAUCCCGGCCGCCAAGGUCCCUCCAGACCAACUGACCGCGACUGUCGAAGGCCUCAAGCCCGGACAGACCUACCAGUUCCGCGUCAAGGCGUUGAACAAGGCUGGAGAAUCUACCCCGUCGGAUCCGAGCAGAACUCUGGUCGCCAAGGCGCGCAAUCUCCCACCAAAGAUUGACCGAAACAUGUUUGCCGACGUCCGCGUCAAGGCCGGACAGGCCAUCAAUUUUGACGUCAACGUCGAAGGCGAGCCUAAUCCGAAGAUUGAGUGGUUCUUGAAUGGAGCUCCUCUCGCUUCUGGAGGCAAGACCAAGAUCGACAACUCCACUGAUAAUAACACAAAACUGGCGACCAAGGAUUCUGCCAGAAAUGACAGUGGAAAGUACAAAAUCGUCGCCACCAAUGAGAACGGUCGCGACGAGCAUGAAGUCUUCGUCAACGUUCUGGACAUUCCUGGAGUUCCCGAAGGACCUCUUCGAGCUACCGAUGUCCACAAAGACGGCUGCACCCUUCAUUGGGAUCCUCCAGCGGAUGACGGAGGUUCUCCGAUCACCAACUACAUUCUGGAGAAGCAGGAAGACGGCGGAAGAUGGGUUCCAUGUGGAGAGACUGCUGAUACAAGUCUGAAGGUUGGCAAGCUCAACGAGGGACACGACUACAAGUUCCGAGUCAAAGCCGUCAAUAGACAAGGACAGUCGGCUCCGCUCACUUCUGACCACGCCAUCACUGCCAAGAAUCCUUAUGAUGAGCCCGAUGCGCCGACUGACGUCACGCCGAUCGACUGGGACAAGGACCACGUCGACUUGGAAUGGAAACCGCCAGCCAACGACGGUGGAGCUCCAAUCGAUGCCUACAUCGUCGAGAAGAAGGACAAGUAUGGAGAAUGGGUUCCGUGUGCCAAGGUCGACGGCAAAACGACCAGAGCCACGGCCGCAGACCUGACUCCCGGAGAGACUUAUCAGUUCCGCGUCAAGGCCGUCAACAAGGCCGGUCCUGGUAAACCUUCCGAUCCGACUGGAAACGUCGUCGCCAAGCCCAGGAAGAUGGCUCCGAAGAUCAACCUGGCUGGAUUGCUCGACCUUCGCGUCAAGGCUGGCACGCCGAUCAAGCUCGACGUCGCCUUCGAAGGAGAGCCCACGCCUACGGCUCAAUGGAAAGCCAAUGAUACUACCAUCAACGACGACUCUCGCGCUGAGGUCAACUCCACGCCUACGUCGUCAGCCCUGCAUAUCUUCUCCGCCGUCCGCGGCGAUACUGGAGUCUACAAGAUCAUCGUUGAGAAUGAGCACGGCAAGGAUACGGCUCAAUGCAACGUUACCGUCCUUGACGUGCCCGGAACUCCAGAAGGACCCCUGAAGAUCAACGAGAUUCACAAAGAGGGAUGCAGUUUGAAUUGGAAGCCUCCCGCUGACAAUGGUGGCUCUGAAAUUCUGCACUAUAUCGUGGAGAAGAUGGACACGAGCCGUGGAAGCUGGCAAGAAGUCGGUCAGUUCCCUGACUGCAACGCCAAGGUCAACAAGCUGACGCCUGGAAAAGAAUAUCAGUUCCGCGUCAAGGCCGUGAACCUUCAAGGCGAAUCGAAACCGCUAGUCGCUGAAGAGCCAAUCGUCGCCAAGAACCAGUUUGAAGUUCCUGACCCGGUUGACAAGCCUGAAGUGACUGAUUGGGACAAAGAUCGAAUUGAUAUCAAGUGGGAUCCGACCAAGAACAACGGUGGAUCUCCAGUCACUGGCUACAUCGUCGAGAAGAAGGAGAAGGGAAGCUCUCUUUGGACUGAAGCCGGCAAAACGGCCGGAACUGCCUUCUCGGCGACUGGCUUGAAGCCUGGUGUCGAGUACGAGUUCCGUGUCAUCGCCGUCAACGAAGCUGGACCUUCCGAUCCUUCUGAACCUACCGAUGGCCAGGUUACCAAGCCACGCUAUCUGAAGCCGAAGAUUUUGACAGCGCCAAGGAAGAUUAAGAUCAAGGCUGGAUUCAGUCACAACUUGGAAGUUGAGUUCAUUGGAGCUCCUGAUCCAACCGCCACCUGGACUAUCAAUGACAGCAAAGACCUUGCUCCUGAGCUUAUCAUUGAUAGCAAGUCUAACUUGACUUCCAUCUUCUUCCCAUCCGCCAAGAGAUCUGAGAGCGGAAACUACAAGCUCAAGGUCAAGAAUGAGCUUGGAGAAGAUGAAGCCGUUUACGAAGUCAUCGUUCAAGACAAGCCGACGCCUCCAGUUGGACCUUUGGAAGUGUCUGACGUCACGAAGGACAGCUGCGUCUUGGCUUGGAAGCCUCCUGUUGAUGAUGGAGGAGCUGAAGUCAGCAACUACGUCGUCGAGAAGCGCGACACCAGAACCAACACCUGGGUGCCCGUUUCUGCCUUUGUCACUGGCACAUCUGUCACCGUUCCGAAACUUCAAGAAGGUCAUGAAUAUGAAUUCCGCGUCAUGGCUGAGAACGCCUUCGGACGCUCAGAUCCACUGAACACGGAGGAAGCCGUCUUGGCUAAAGAUCCCUUCGGAACGCCAGGAAAACCAGGCAAACCCGAAAUCGUGGACACUGAUAACGAUCACAUCGACAUCAAAUGGGACCCGCCAAGAGACAAUGGCGGCUCUCCGGUCGAACACUACGACGUCGAGAGGAAAGACGUCAAGACUGGCCGCUGGAUCAAGGUCAAUACUCAACCGGUUCAUGGAACAGCCUUCUCUGACACUCGAGUUCAGAAAGGUCACACCUAUGAAUACCGAGUUGUUGCUGUUAACAAAGCUGGACCAGGACAACCCUCAGAUCCCUCGGCUAGCGCCACAGCCAAGCCGAUGCACGAGGCUCCGAAGUUCGAUCUCGACCUCGACGGAAAAGAAUUCCGCGUCAAGGCUGGAGAGCCACUUACCAUCGCUCUUCCCUACACCGCUGCUCCAACUCCUCUCAUCACCUGGACCAAGGAAGGCAAAGAACUGCCUGGAGUUGAGAUCACUGAAACCCAGACUCGUUUGGUGAUUCCAAGCGCAAGACGCAGCGAUUCUGGACCGGUGAAGAUCAAGGCUAGCAAUCCUUACGGCGAAGCUGAAGCCAACAUCAAGAUCACCGUCAUCGACAAGCCGGCUCCGCCUGAGAACAUCACCUAUCCGGAAGUUACUCGUCACACUUGCACUCUGAACUGGGACGCUCCAAAAGACGACGGAGGCUCUGAAAUCACUGGCUACAGAAUUGAGUAUCAAGAACUUGGCUCUCAGAUCUGGGAUCGUGUUCCUGGAGUCGUCGCGACGACUUCCUACACUGUCCGUGGAUUGGAACAUGGACAACAAUAUCGCUUCAGAAUCAGAGCUGAGAACCUCGUCGGCCUUUCUGACUUCGCUCAAGGCGCUCCGGUCGUCAUCAAAGAUCCGUUUGACCCGCCAGGCGCGCCAAGCACUCCGGAAAUCACCGGCUACGACAGCAACCUCGUCUCCUUGAGCUGGAACCCGCCAAGAGAUGACGGAGGCUCGCCAAUUCUGGGCUACGUCAUCGAACGUUUCGAGAAGCGAGGCGGCGGCGACUGGGCUCCAGUCAAGCUGCCUCUCAUCAAGGGAACUGAAGCUACGAUCGUUGGACUUCAUGAAAAUGAGACCUAUCAGUUCCGAGUUCGCGCUGUCAAUGCAGCUGGACCAGGAGAAGCUAGCAACGGCUCUGAACCUGUCACCUGCAGACCGUACGUCGAGAAGCCAGGACCAACCGACGCUCCGCGAGUUGGAAAGAUCACCAAGAACUCGGCUGAGUUGACCUGGAACAGGCCGAUUCGUGACGGCGGCGCUCCGAUUGAUGGCUACAUCAUCGAGAAGAAGAAGUUGGGAGACAACGACUGGACCAGAUGCAAUGAGAAGCCAGUCAGAGAGACUGCCUUCGAGGUCAAGAACCUUGGAGAGCGUGAAGAGUACGAGUUCAGAAUCAUCGCUGUCAACAGCGCUGGCGAAGGAGAACCAUCAAAGCCUUCUGAGCUGGUGAUGAUCGAAGAGCAGCCAGGAAGACCUUGCUUCGACUUGUCUUCUCUCAAGGACAUCACCGUCCGUGCUGGUGAGACCAUCCAGAUCAAGAUUCCGUACUGCGGAGGCAAUCCCAAGCCGAUCAUUGACCUCUUCAACGGCAUUGCCCCAAUCUUUGAGAAUGACAGAACUGUUGUUGAUGUCCAUCCCAACGAAAUUGUCAUCACCACGACUCAAGCCAAGAGAUCUGACGCUGGUCCUUACAAGAUUGUUGCCACGAACAAAUAUGGCAAAGACACUUGCAAGUUGAACGUUACUGUUCUUGACGCUCCAGGCAAGCCUACUGGUCCGAUUCGCGCUACAGACAUUCAAGGCGAUGCCAUGACCUUGAGCUGGAGACCGCCAAAAGACAACGGAGGCGAUGAAAUCACCAACUACGUCGUCGAGAAGCGCGGUCCUGGAGGCGAAUGGGUCACUGUUGGACAUCCGAUUGGAACCUCUCUCCGAGUCAGAAACCUCGACCCCAACACUCCCUAUGACUUCCGAGUUCGAGCUGAGAAUCAGUACGGAGUCGGAGAACCAUUGGAAACAGACGAAGCCAUUAUGGCCAAGAAUCCAUUCGGCACUCCUGGCGCUCCCGGAGUUCCAGAAGCCCUUGAGACUUCUGAAGAAGCGAUUGUUCUCCAAUGGACUCGACCAACUUCGGAUGGAGGUGCUCCGAUUCAAGGCUACGUCAUUGAAAAGCGAGAAGUAGGAACCAAGGAAUGGAGCAAGGCUGCCUUUGGCCAUAUUCCUGAUACCAAACAUCGUGUGACUGGACUCACGCCGAAGAAGACCUACGAAUUCCGAGUCGCUGCUGUCAAUGCGGCUGGUCAGGGAGAAUACAGCCAAAACAGCGCUCCUAUCACCGCUGAUCGGGCUCCAACCAAGCCGAAAGUCAACAUGGCCAUGCUCACCAGAGACGUUCUGGCCUACGCUGGAGAAAAAGCCAAGAUUCUUGUACCUUUCGCAGCAACGCCUGAACCAAAGGUGACCUGGUCGAAGGGAGAUGCCAAGAUCACCGAGUCUGACCGACGCGCCAAGGUCGAAAGCAACGACUACCUCUCGACGCUUGUCAUCGAGAAGUGUGAACUGUCGGACAGCGGCCUCUACUUCAUCGAGCUCCAGAACAGCCAAGGAAGCGACACCGCCAGCGUCAGACUGAAGGUCGUCGACAAGCCGACGGCGCCUCAAGGACCUCUCAGAAUUGAAGAUAUCUCACCAGACUGCUGCACUCUUCACUGGCUGCCACCAGUUUCCGACGGAGGUUCUCCUGUCACCAACUACAUCGUCGAGAAGCUCAACCUUCGUGGUGAGCCUCGCUGGGAGAAGGUCAGCUCCUUCGUCCGAAAUCUCAACUACACCGUUGGAAACCUCGUCGAAGGCGACCGCUAUCGCUUCAGAGUCCGUGCUGAGAACCAGUACGGUUUCUCAGAACCUCUGGAGAAUCCUGACCCAAUCACCGCCAAGUACCAGUUCAACGUUCCAGACCAGCCGGAUGCUCCAACUGUCCGUGAUAUGGAUUCCAACUGGGCUGAUAUCGAAUGGGACCCGCCGAGAGAUGGAGGGUCCAAGAUUAUCGGCUACCAGGUGCAAUUCCGCGACGCCAACUCGGCCAAAUGGAUCAACGCUCAUAACAACCUGGUGACGGAACUUCACACCAGAGUGACAGCUUUGAGAAACUGCGGAGAAUACGAAUUCAGAGUCAUUGCCAAGAACGCGGCUGGCUUCUCCAAGCCUUCGGCGCCCUCAGAGCGCGUGAAGCUGAAGUCCAAGUUCGGACCUCCUGGACCUCCGACCCAGGUUGGAGCUCAGUCGAUAGGCCGAAAUCAUGUCACCCUUACCUGGGUGGCUCCUCUCGACGACGGAGGCUCGAAAAUCACCGGUUAUAUCGUUGAACAGCGCGAAUAUGGCAGCACCUUGUGGACCAAGGUCAGCGACUACAACGUCCGCGAUCCCGAAUUCACGGUGCCCAACCUCAAGGAGUUCUCCGACUACGAGUUCCGCAUCGUCGCUGUCAACUCGGCCGGUCGUGGAAUCCCGUCCCUGCCUUCUGGACCCAUCAAGAUCCAAGAAAGCGGAGGUUCGAGGCCUCAGAUCGUCGUCAAGCCGGAAGACACUGCUCAGCCCUACAAUCGUCGGGCCGUCUUCGUCUGCGAAGCCGUCGGAAGACCAACUCCGACCGCCCGCUGGUUGAGAAAUGGCAGAGAAUUGCCCGAGAGCAAUCGAUACAGGUUUAGGGAGAAGUGAGGAAUUUUUGGAAGGAGACGUUCAGAUUCGAAGCCAGCGACGGAACCUAUAAGUUCAUGAUCAAGGAGGUCUGGGACAUCGACGCCGGCGAUUACACUGUCGAAGUCGCCAAUGUCUAUGGAACUGACACUGCAACCGCCAAGCUCAUCGUUCAAGGUACGAAUAAAUCAAGAAAUUGGAAAAAGAAAGGUUUUAUAGGUAUAGAAACUAUAACGAAAAUUUUUUUUAUGAAACUUCAAAAUCAAUGUUACAGCUCCUCCCGUCAUCGAGAAAGACGUUCCGAACACGAUCCUACCUGACGGCGACCUGGUCCGAUUGAAGAUCUACUUCUCCGGAACCGCUCCAUUCCGUCACUCGCUGACCUUGAACAAGGAGGAGAUCGGCGUUGAACAUCCGACGAUCCGAACCGUCGAGUUCGACGACCACAUCCUCAUCACGAUCCCCUCGCUUUCCACCCGGGAAGCUGGCCGAUACGAGUACACCGUCAGCAACGACUCUGGAGAAGCUACCACCGGAUUCUGGCUGAACGUCACGGGUCUGCCCGAAGCGCCGCAAGGCCCGCUCCACAUCAGCAACAUCGGCCCGGCCGGCUGCACCUUGGCCUGGAGACCUCCCGCCUACGACGGCGGAGCUCGAGUCACAAACUACGUCGUCGAGAAGCGAGACCUGUCCAAGGAUGAAUGGACCGUCGUGGCGUCGAACGUCAAGGACAUGACCUACCUCGUCCAGGGACUCUUCGAGCACCACGAGUACGAGUUCCGCGUCUCCGCUGUCAACGAGAACGGUCAGGGAUCUCCCCUCGUCGCCGAGAAUCCGAUCGUCGCGCGACUUCCGUUCGACCCGCCCAGCGCUCCGUUGAACUUGGAAGUUUCCCAGGUGGGAGGCGACUACGUCACGCUCACCUGGAACCGGCCCGCUACCGAUGGAGGUUCGAUUUUUCCAAUUUCGUAUAAUACUAGGCAACACUUACUAAAAUGAAGAGCGUUUAACAAUGAAAAUGAUGAUUUUGUGCUUUAAAAUCAUUUUGAAACGUAUUUUCUCAAAGACAGGAGUUUUUAUUGCCAAAAAACAAGUGAGCUUCGAUUUUUUUUAUUAGUAUUGAAAAAUAUAAUUUUUAUAUAGGAAAAGGAGACACAUUCAUUAUCAAAAACCCUCAGAAUCCACUAAAAAAAUCAGGAUUUAUUUUGUAAUUACAUUUUUUUCACCCAGUUUUUCGAACUCUGACUUUUUUUAAGAAAUAAAAAAAUUUUUUUCCUUUGAAAGAUACGUUCUUCCUUAUGAAAAGAGAAGAUGACAUUGAAAUCCAAAAAGAAAGUAAAAAAAGAAAAAAAUUUUUGUCAGUUCUCUGUGAAAAAAAUGGUCUUUUUGAACCAAGUUUGCUCCGACGCACAGACUUUUUUUCUCUGCGCUCUCUCGCUGAGAGCCAGUUUAUUGAUUUUUUUGCUUUUUUUAAAAGUUAUUUUUUUAAGUAUUCUUCUUUUUUUGCUCAUACUGUUUAUUAUUGUAUUAUUUCAAUUUAGUUAGUGUUUUUUUCAAAGAAAUAUGAAAACUUCAAUUUUUUUCCGAGUAAUAAAAUUUAUCCUUAUUCAAUUAUUUUUUUGCACUUCCAGUUUCUAACUUUUUGUUUCACUAUACGGAUUUCGAGCUUCUUCUCAGAAUUUCUUUUUUUAUUAAAUAAAAAAACUGAAAUUCAAGGUGGUCGCCUUCGAGGCUACGUCAUCGAGAAGCAGGAGGAAGGCCACGAAGAAUGGCUCCGUUGCAAUCAGAACCCCUCACCUCAGAACUCCUACAACGUGCCGAAUCUCAUCGACGGCAGAAAAUACCGCUACAGAGUCUUCGCGGCGAAUGACGCCGGAUUCUCCGAGCCUGCCGAAUUGUUAGAUUUUGACUGAAAGCUCAUUUGUUCAUAGUUAUAACGGAAAAGUUUCUUAUCCUCAAAAGAAAAUGAAAAGGUGUCUUCAAAAAGAAAAAUGAUGGAAAAACUUAUUGGGUUUGAAUUUUUAAUCUUUUUAGUUUCCAGAAAAAUGUUUAUUAAAGACAGAAAAAUUUUUAAAAUGCAUUAAAAAAAGCUCUUUUUUUCGAGGAUCUUCAGAGAAGCUUUUUCCGUUUAGCCCCAGAAGCCUGUAAAAAAAUGAGUUUUAUAAUAUUAAAGCCAUGAAGCUUUGUGUACACCAAUCUUUCACUGUCUUGGCUCGAAAAAUUUUUGAUAAUAACCAAAUUUUGGAAAGUUUUUGAAUAUAUUUUGGCAUGGAAUUAACUUCUACAUCUCAUUUUCUACAAUUUUCCGGAUUUUAAAUCAAUUGUUUUUCCAGGGAUUCUUCGGAAUUCCACGCGGCCGGCUCCGGAAAAAGCGCCGGUGAUCAUCUCCGGUCUGAGCGAUCAGUCCAGCGAGCAUGGCCGAAGCGUCACUUUCGAAUGCGAAAUCAGCGGAAAUCCCCGACCCGAGUACCGUUGGUUCAAGGGCUGCAAGGAGCUUGUCGACACCUCGAAAUAUACCAUCAUCAAUAAGGUUGGAAGCUUAAAAAUUAAAUGAAUUAGGUUAUUUUUAAGGUUAAAGUGUUUAAAAAAUGCCAAAGGUACUCAAAAAAUUCAAAAAAUUUUUAUUUUACGUAUCAGACUUGUGUAGAGAAAUUGUGGCUUUUAUCUUGAGGCCUAUUAAAAAUUAAUAAAACUGUUUUCAGGGCGACAAGCAGGUGUUGAUCAUCAACGACCUCUCGGCCGACGACGCCGACGAGUACACCUGCCGGGCGACCAAUUCCAGCGGAACGCGAAGCACCCGGGCCAGCCUGAAAAUCAAGACCAAACCCCGUCUCUUCAUCCCGCCCAAGUACCACGGCGGCUACGAAGCCCAGAAAAAUGAGACGAUCGAGCUGAGAAUCCCCUACAAAGCCUACCCGGCAGCCGAAUCCCGUUGGACGAAAAAUGGCGAGAAGAUCGAGAGCGGCGGAAAGUACACGAUCACCACCGAGGACAAAUUCGCAGUCUUGAGAAUUUCUAACGCCACUCGGGAAGAUUACGGAGAAUACCGGGUUACGGUGGAGAAUAGCGUCGGAUCGGAUUCUGGAAUCGUGACGGUUUCCGUGGCCGACGUUCCCGAACCGCCAAGGUUCCCGCUCAUCGAGAAUGUCCUCGAUGAAGCCGCGAUCCUCUCCUGGAAACCGCCAGCUCUAGACGGCGGAUCUCUAGUCACCAGCUAUCUGGUCGAUAAGAGAGAGACUUCCGGAGGCUCCUGGACCCCCUGCGCCAAGACCCGCUACACCUACCUGACGGUGGAAGGCCUCCGAGCCAAGAACACCUACGAGUUCCGAAUCUCGGCCGAGAAUCGCCAUGGCAUGUCGAAACCGUGCGAACCCACCGCGCCCGUCUUGAUCCCCGGAGAUGAACGAAGAAGGAGACGAGGCUAUGACGUCGACGAAACGGGAAAGAUCGUCCGAGGCAAGGGAGCCACUUCGUCGAACUACGACGCCUACGUCAUCGACGUCUGGAAGCAGUACUAUCCGCAGCCCGUGGAGAUCCGACACGAAAGUGUGUUGGAUCUGUACGAUAUCCAUGAGGAGAUCGGCACUGGAGCCUUUGGAGUUGUUCAUAGGUGAGGAAGGAGGGUUGAACUGAAUCAUUUAGUUGGGAAAAUCAAGAAGUAAAAAAAUGUGAACUUUCUCUUUCAGAGCCACAGAACGUGCUACCGGCAACACCUUCGCCGCCAAAUUCGUCAUGACUCCUCACGAAUCGGACAAAGAGACGGUCCGCAAGGAGAUCCACACCAUGUCCAACCUCCGCCAUCCCAAAUUGAUCAACCUCCACGACGCGUUCGAAGACGACGGCGAGAUGUGCAUGAUCUACGAGUUCAUGAGCGGCGGCGAGCUCUUCGAGAAGGUCGCCGACGAAACCAAUCGCAUGUCGGAGGACGAAGCCGCCGAGUACAUGCGACAGGUGCGGAAUGAGGGGGAGAAGGGGCGGGGCAAGAAAAGCUGGACUUCUAUAGGAUUUUUUUAGGGAUAGUGUCCAUUUUCGCUUGAAAACCUUCAUUUCCAGGUCUGCAAGGCCCUCUGUCACAUGCACGAGAUGAACUACGUUCACCUGGACCUGAAACCGGAGAACAUCAUGUUCACGACGAAGAGGAGCAACCAACUGAAGCUGAUCGACUUCGGCCUGGCCGCUCAUCUGGACCCCAAACAGACGGUCAAGGUGACGACCGGGACGGCUGAAUUCGCCGCCCCGGAAGUCGCUGAAGGCAAACCCGUCGGAUACUAUACCGACAUGUGGAGCGUCGGAGUCCUCUCCUACAUCCUCUUGUCGGGACUGUCGCCCUUCGGCGGCGAGAACGACGAUGAGACCUUGAAGAACGUCAAGGUUCGCAAGUCGAUUCAUUGAAGUCUUUUUGGGGACCUCUUUAGGGUUUUGACGUUUUAGUGGUCACUUAAGAAGCUCGAGACCUUUUUCGAAGUCUAGAGCGGAAAACUACUAUAGUAGCCACUAAAAAAGUGGAUUCUUCUGGUUCUGUGGUCACUUUAGUGUCCUCUCCAAGUAGGCCGUAAGGGACCUCUUAUUUUAAGGCUCUUAGUUUUAGGGGCCACUUUAGUGUCCUCUCUAAGUAGACCGUGAGAAACCGCUUUAGUGGCACCUAGAGACACACGAAAACCCAACUCUUUCCGUUCAGAACUGCGACUGGAACCUGGACGACCCGGUGUUCGGCACGAUCUCCGACGACGCCAAGGACUUCAUCAAGAAGCUCCUCCUGGCCGACCCGUCCACCCGAAUGACCAUCCAUCAAGCCUUGGACCAUCCUUGGCUCGCAAGCGGAUCCGUGCCCGGAAGGGACACUCAGAUCCCCAGCAGUAGAUAUUCCAAGAUCCGAGAGUCUGUCCGAGCCAAAUACGUUGGUUUCAGAGGGAUCUUCCCGGGAAAAAUGCAGUUUUCAGGACGCCUGGCCAGAACCUCUCCCGCCACUCGGACGCAUUUCCAACUACUCUUCUCUUCGGAAACACAGGCCAGGAGAGUACAAGAUCCGCGACGCCAUGUGGGAUCGAUCUGAGGCUCAGCCGAGAUUCAUCGUUCGGCCCUAUGGAACUGAGGUAGCUGGGGAAGGGGGAAAAACUGUAAAAAGGCUUAAUUUUGUUCAUUGUUGAGCCCUGUGGAACUGAGGUGGCUGGGGGGAAGGAAGGAUACUUGAUUUUUGACCAAAAAAGGCCCAAUUUUGCUUAUAGUUGUGCCCUAUGGAACAGAGGUAGCUGUGGGAAGGGGUUAGAAAGGGAUUUUGAUCAAAAAAAAAGAGACGUUCAACAUUUCCCAAUUGAAUUAGGGCUUUAUUUUAUGCAUAGUUUAUCCCUAUGAAGCAGAGAUGAUGAUGGAAGCGAGAAAAAUUGAUUUUGGUCAAAAAUUGAUAGUUUUUUAUGAAGAAAAAGUUGGAAAAUCCUUGAAUUAUGGCCCAGUUCUUUUCAUAGUACAGCCUUAUGGAACUGAGGUAGCUGUAGAAAGGAGGAGAAAGGGAUUUUGGUCGAAAAAGCGCUUUAUCGAAUGAAGAAAAAGUUGGAAAAUCCUUCAAUUUAGGGCUCAAUUUUUCGCAUAGUUUGGCCAUAUGUAACUAAGGUGAUAAUGGGAAUAAGAACAACUCAUUCUGGUUCAUUAGUUUAAAUUAUAUCUGCCUACUUUCGAAGCGUUAUUGGUAAUUAUACCUCCAUUCAAGUUCAAAACACUUCUGAAACCGGAAAUUCAGGUUCACGAAGGCCAAUCGGCCAACUUCUACUGCCGUGUGAUCGCCGCCUCGGCUCCGAUCGUCACUUGGCACAAGGAGGACCGAGAACUGAAGCAGUCGGUCAAGUACAUGAAGCGGUACAACGGAAACGACUACGGCUUGACCAUCAACCGAGUCAAGGGCGACGAUAAGGUACCUUCAAAACGAACAAAAACAGCUUUAUCUUGAACUUUCAGGGAGAAUACACGGUCCGCGCCAAGAACUCCUACGGAUCCAAGGAAGAAGUCGUCUUCCUGAACGUUUUGAGGACCAGCGAGCCUUUGAGAGUGCGCUAGUUCUUCAUUUUUGAAUAGGAUUUAGUUGGAAAAUUCAUUUUUUCGCGUCUCUGUGUAGGAAAGGAAUGGUAGAGUUAAUCAAAAAGGCUUUUUUCUGAAGUUUUGGAAGUUUUUCAACUAAUUUUCAAGUGCUGAAGUCUAUCUUUUUGCAGUUCGAGCCGCUGGAACCCAUGAAGAAGGCGCCGUCACCGCCGAAGGUCGAAGAGUUCAAAGAGAAGAGAAGCGCGCCGAAAUUCACCUUCCACCUCCGACAUCGUCUCAUUCAGAAGAACCAUUCCUGCAAAUUGACUUGCACCCUGCAAGGCAAUCCUACCCCCAAGGUACCUUUUUAGGGGAUUUCAAAAAAUAAGACUACAUUUUCGACCUUUCUUUUGUUGAGUUUGGCGCGUUUUUUUUCUGAUUUUUGAAAGUUUCACUGGGUUUUUAUUGAUUUUUUUAAAAAGUUUUUUUAGCGGCAUUUUGGUUGUUUUUGAGCAAGAGUUCAAACCAGUUUGACGUUGCUUUUGGGUCAAAAUGAUCCAAAAUUCGAAAACUUAAUCGAGAAAACAUUGAAAACUGGUUUAAAAUUGUGCAGAAAAACCAAAAAUCGCUUCAAACUUACCAAUUUCCAUGGGAAGUUUCUGAUUUUUUUGAAGGUUUUUUUAGCUUGUUUUUUUGGUCGACUUUUUCCUGAUUUUUGAAGAUAAUUUUUCGGCUUAUUUCAUUUUUUUUUGAAAAAGAGUUCGCUUAGGUUUUUACAUUGGCUCUAGUAAAAAGGGAUUUUUUUAGAAUUUGAAUAUCCCAAAUCCGACUUGAUCUAUGUUCAAUUUGAAACAAUUUUUUUCUGAUUCUUGCAUCAUUUUUUUCAUGAGAAAAAAACGAAAAUAUCAUUCUAAAAAUCGAAAUUUCAGGUUGAAUGGAUGAAGGACGGCUACCCGGUGGACCAAGAUCGCGUCCAACUGUCGUUCCGAAGCGGAGUCUGCUCCCUGGAGAUUUUCAACGCGCGAGUCGACGACGCCGGAACGUACACCGUCACGGCGACGAAUGAACUCGGCACCGACGUCUCCGAAUGUCUGCUGACCGUCCAGACCAAAGGGCGGCGAGCCCCUGCCCAAAGUCGCCUCGUUCAGACCCAGAAGGGCCUAUGACACCCUUUCGACUGGAAGCAGCGAUGUUGAAAGGUGCUUAUUGGGGGGAAGUUGAUGAGAAAAAUCAAUAAAUUUUUUUUUCAUCGUCAGGCUAUGCCGUGUUCAGAGUGAUUCCGCAAAAUUCGAAAAUCCUCGAUUUUCUCUAUCUGACAGUCGUUUCGACUCUCUGUCUAUGUAUAUGCGCCUUUAAAGUUUGACUAUGUAUAUGCGCCUUUAAAGUCAUUUGUCUGAAGUUAUUCUUAUAUUAAAGGCGUAUACUCAAUUCUAGGCCGCGCGCAUCGUAAAGAAGCUUCUAAGAAGGGUUUCUGUAGCUUGGGAAGUUUAGCCUGAAAUUUGUGUUAUAUUAAAGGCGCAUACCCAGUUGUAAGCCGCGCGCAUUGAAAGAAAUCUUUCCAAGAGGGUUCUGUAGCUUGAUUCGUGAUAAACUGUCGUGAAAAGAGCUAUAUUACUCGCUCUUCGAAUAUUUCAAAACGUAGCCGUUUCAGAUCACGAUCCUACGCUGACAUCCGAAGAAAAUCGCUGGCCCGAGACGUCAGUCCGGACACACGAUCCGCAGCCGACGACCUCAAAUUUCAAAGUUUCCAAUGAACCGCCAUCGUUCACGAAACAACUGCAAAACGUCGACCUGAAUGUUGGCGAAGCCGCGGAGUUCAGCGCUGAGGUUUGAAUGAAAUCGGUUUUCCCCUGAAAGUUGUAUAUUUCUAGGUUACCGCAACCUCCAGAACCCUCUGAUCGAAUGGCUCCACAAUGGAGAGAAGCUGACCGAUUCGAGGUACAAGACUGUGUAUUCGGGAGGCCGCGCGACGUUGAGGAUAAACGACGUGACGUCUUCUGAUUCUGGAGAGUAUUUGUGCAGGUAUCUCAAGCUCCGCCCCUAAAGGCGCCAUAAACCACUCAGAGCGUUUUAGAAUGACGUCAUUUUUCUGAAAGAUCUCGCCUUUUAUGGUAUCCGUAGGAGCUUCAGAUAUUAUACAGCAUGGUAAAAACAUGAAAUUUUCAGGGCAUCCAACUCGGCGGGACAAGAACAGACACGGGCGACGCUGAACGUGAAGGCGUCGUUGCCCAACGGCCACAUCAACGGAACGUCUUCCGCCGGUCUUUCCGUGAAGAGACAUCUAAGUGGACAGAUCGCCUCCGCUGGCGGCUCCGUCUCGUUUGAAGCCGCCGUCGAAGGAACUCCCGAAGAGGUCCUUUGGAUGCGAAACGGACAGGAGGUGCCCCAAGCUAACUAAGUCCAGAAGACGUCCGAUCUUUCAGCUUUCGUCUGACGGCCGAAUCGAGGUGACGCAGGACGGCGACGUCUACAGACUGACCAUCAACGACGCUGAAGCUAACGAUGCCGGCCAUUAUCAGCUUGAAGCUCGCGACAAGGGCGUCAACCUCGUCUCCGUCGCCUCCCUCGUCGUCGUUGGUGAGCCUUCUGGAGAUGAUCAGAUCACGUCGAGCCUUAUUUUUCUGCGUUUUGGGGGGCUCUAACCUAAUUUUUUUUUUCAGGCGACAAAGCCGAGCCGCCCGUGACGCGGUUACCGUCGUCGGUCUCCGCGCCCAUCGGCGGAUCCACCUCGUUCACUGUAGAUUUCGAAAACGCUGAAGGGUAUACGGUACAAUGGUUCCGGGUACGAUAACCAUCCGAUCAAAAGCAAUCAAAUAAUCCUGACAAAUUUUCCAGGGAGCCGAAAAAAUUGAAAAGAACGAUCGGCUAAAGUCGGUAAAGUCGGGCAACACGUUCAAGCUCGACAUUAAGGUGAGCAAAAAUGAGGUAUCAUGAGCAAUACCGAUCGAUUUCCAGACUGUUGAAGCCGACGACGAUGGAAUUUACGUGGCCAAAGUGAUCAAAGAGAAAAAGGCCGUCGCCAAAUAUUCGGCCGCAUUAUUGAUUGUUUAA